GGGAGGGAGCAUGGUGGCUGCGCGACUCAGUUCUGUUUCUUCUGCGCAAUGAAAGAACCCGACUCCUUCAAGAGGAGAGCCACACUAGCAACCUGUUUCAAGCAACUGCCUCUCAGAGACGACCAAGAAAAUGUUCUGGUGCUGAGCAGCCUAUGGCACAUUGCUAUGACUCACCCUGAUGACCAAGAGUUCCCAAACCUGGGCAUAUUUGAGUGCAUGGCAAGGCUAAUCCACAAAGGCACCAAAGACCAGAGUAGUCGUUGGCUUCAGAAACACCAGAACAUAUACAUUCCUUACUACGCUGCUCAUGUCAUCGGUUCUUACACCAUGAACCGAGUCGAGUUUGCAGAAAUGGCAGUGGAAUCGGGUGUGAUAUCCCCGCUGCUCGAGCUUCUGAGAGGGAAGAUGAGCUGGGUGGAGCAACGGGUGGCUGUUCGAGCCCUCGGGCACCUUGCAAGCUACGAGAAUACCUUUAAGCUCGUUGCAGAUCAUGAAGAGGAGAUGGUGAAGUUAGCCAUGGAACUAGCUUCGACAUGUGUUGAUGUGGUGUAUGCUAGCUUUGUGGGAGUGAAGGAUAGAAGCAAAAGACCAAAAUACCACUGUGAUUUGGUUACACGAGGUGUUGGAGGUUUGGAGAUGGAGAACUCCAAGGCUGACGAAUGGGCUAGUCAACUUCAGUGCUGGUCUCUCUACAUCUUAAACUGCUUUGCUUGCAAACAAAGGCCUCUGGCUUUGAAACUUAUUUGCAAGCAAGAGUUUUUGAGAGAGUUGUGUAGCAUGUGGGGUGGGUUAUUGGCUAACCAUGAUUCCCCUGCUGGGAUUGGACUCAUUCGAAUAUUGUGUUAUAGUAAAUAUGGAAGGAGAAAAAUAGCUGAAUCGAAAGAGGUUAUCGAGCGCCUGUGUAAUUUGUCAAGGUCUUCAGAUGAUUGGCAGUACAUGGGGAUUGAUUGCCUUUUGCUACUUCUCAAAGACACGGAUACAAGGUACACGGUUCUUGACAUUUCAUCUUUGUUUCUCAUUGAUUUGGUUGAACUCAGAAGCCUUGGAGAUCAUAGAUCAAACUUAGGGGAAACAAUUGCAAAAACACUUCUUCUCGAUUACAAGCAAAGAAAAUUGAACAAGAACGAAACUUUUGAAGAGUUAUGGAGUUUGAUAGAGAGGAGCAAGAAAGAGAGAGCUUUGUUGUCUAGAGAAAUAUGGGAAGAAACAAUGGUUUUGGUGGAUUUGAUAAAACAAGAAGCAAAUCAUCUUUUUUGUAAAGGAGAAGUAGAGGAAGCUCUAAUCAAGUACUCUGAAGCAUUAGCUCUCUGCCCAGUAAGGCUGAGACAAGAGAGAAUGGUACUCUAUAGCAAUAGAGCUCAGUGUCAAAUACUGCUUAGGGAUCCAGAUUCCGCCAUUAGAGACGCAACAAGAGCUCUCUGCUUGUCACGUCCAGCUAACUCUCAUGGGAAAAGUCUGUGGAGAAGAUCACAGGCUUAUGACAUGAAAGGGUUGACAAGAGAAAGCUUGAUGGACUGUGUCAUGUUCAUCAAUGGCUGCAUCAAGUCUGAGAAGAGCAGUCAGAUCAGGGUCAAUAUUCCGUACUAUGCAGCACGGAUGAUCAGCAAACAAAUGGACGCAACGUGGAUUUUCGCCAGUGCCAGGUCCACCAUGGCAAUUAUUCAAGUUAAAGAGGUACAAAAAUCAGAAGGUGAUAAGGGUAACAAUGAAGGUGGUAAUCAUAACAAGCAAGAAAACCAUCAAGAAAUGAUGAAAGUUUUGAUGGCGAACAAAGGUCUGUCCACUAUUUUAGAAGAGCCUCUAGUGCAUAAUAUGGUAAAGGAAGAAAGUAGCAGAAGGAAGCAGGAAAGGGCAAAAGGAUGUAAAUUGUAA